GUGGGCGCUGAACACUUGUGGCCGCUGCUCCAGGGCGAUAACUCAGUCUUGCCCGUUUGCGCCUGUGCGAUACAUGCCGAGAAGGAAAGGGAAAUGCGGAGACGCGAAUGUGAGAUCCUAAGGUGUGAAGAGAGAAAAAUCUGCAUUUAUAGAAUAUGAAAUAGUAGUGCUUCACAGCGCGUGACGACGCAGGGCCUGUCAACUUCUAUAAUCAUGAUUGCAAAUGAAGCAAAAAACAACAGAUAACACCUUUUCCCUUCAGCCAGAAGAACACGAUCUCAAUAACUAAGAGAAAGACCGUACGAACCCCGAACCCAGCCCGGCACCCCGGCCGAGCGCCGUCCGAAUGAACCUGGCCCUGUCGGCGGGGGCAGUGGGCCACGCGGGCCACCCCCCCGCUGUGCCCUGCCCCCGAGGCGCCGCCGCUGCCCCGACCGACCCCGACGACCUGUCCGACUUCGACGACUUUUCCGACGAAGCGGACGAGGAGCUGGAGCCGACCGGAGCGCAGGCGCAGGCGAGCCCCAGGCCGGGGCGGAACCGCGAGCGCGUCGAGGAGCUGGUCCGGACGGAGCAGGACUACAUCGGCGACCUGGAGGUGCUCCUGCGGGUCAUCAACGAGACCAUCUCCUCCUCCAGCUGGGGCGAAGGCGCCGGCCUCCAUCUGCGGCCGCUCCUCGGCAAUGUCGUUCAGGUGAUGAGUGCAGCCAAGAGGUUCCUGGCUGACCUAGAGGCCGCCCUCUGCAACCCGGAGGAGGACAUGCAGGUCGGGCGCGUGUUCCUGCAGCACGCGGACGACCUGUGCGAGGUCUACAAAGUGUAUUGCUCCAACUACAACGUGGAGGUCAUCCCUUUGCUCAAGAAGUACGAGGGCGAGGAAGACGCCCAGUUGGCACUCAAGACGGUGACGGAGGAACUGCGGAGACACAAAGCGCAUCUCAUCGAUGUCAACAGUGUUCUCAUCAAGCCUGUGCAGCGCGUCCUCAAGUACCCGCUUUACCUGAACGAGCUCCUAAGAGGGACCCCCGCCCACCAUCGCGACCAGAAGAAUCUCGAAGCCGCCCAUGGUCGCAUCAACGAGGCAGCGAGAGAAAUCAACGAGUACACCCGCGCUAUUGAUCUGGUGCACAAAUACCGGACCGACACGGACCAUUCGCUUCAAGGCAAAAUGAAGCGAGUUAACUUCCACUCCAUCGUCAAGAAAAGCAACAGAAUGUCGACUUACGUGUCUCAGAAACUAGGAAUUAUGAAUCAGACGACGAGUUCGAAGUUCAUCGCGGAAGAGGCGAGGUUCCGCAGCGUCCAGAAGGGCGCCCGGGCUUUGGCGGAACACGUGAGCAACGUAGUGGAUGCCGUCAGGGCGAGGCAUGCGGCCGAGCUCCUCAUCGCCGAGGCGCUGGAAGACAUCUUCCCGUGGGCGCUCGAGGUGCCCAAGGUCAAGGAAGUGACGCUGGACACGUGCAACAGACUUCUGCAGCAGUUUGACCACGAGAUUGAGGAGCGGGUGCUGGUUCCCGUGCGGACAGUGGAGGCCCUUUGCGAGGCGCCCGACCGCCUCCUCGCCAAGACGCAGGACAAGCUCCUGGACUUCGAUGCCGCUCAGAGUCGCCUUCAGGCGACUAAGGACUCCGCCAAGGUUGCCGCGCUGGAGGAGGAGGAGGCGCAGGCCCGCGAGACGUACGAGGCGCUGCACCGGCAGCUGCUGGCCGAGCUCCCCGAGCUCAACGACCGCGCCGUCAUCGUGCUGGAGAUCGCCACGCGCUCGCUGGUCGCCGCGAGGCUCUACUUCCAGGGCCACCUCGCCAAGCUCUACCUGCAGCUCACUGCGAUCCCCGGGUUCACCAUGGUCCCCGAGGAGGAGCUGCGGGCGCGGGCGCGGCGUCAAGUGGAGCUCCUGCAGGAGAUGCUCCCGCCGGACCACCUCCGGAAGCAGUCGCUCAAGGAGUCCAGGGCCAACAAGCUGAUCAACACGUCCACCAAGAUGGCGGCCGCUCUGCUCUCCUCCCGGGGGUCAGUGGACGUGCUGCCCAAGAGCCUGCAGCGCCCCGUGGAAGCCCUCAAGCACGGCGCCCGCUCCGACUACUUCAGGAACUUCACUUCGCUGUCCAGGUCGCACUCGCGAAGGAGCGCCCCGCCCAUCGUCUCGCCCGCGAUCAACGAGGCCGAGGCGCCACCAAAGGACCCGCGACGCAGAAGCGCCCCUGCAGACUACAUGAAAAGGCUGCCAUCGCUCAGCCGCUCGAGGUCCAGGACGGUGACGAAGCUGACGCAGAAGUAUAAGAAAGAAGUCCUGCGGAAAUAUCCUGCGGACAGCGUAUACGAGGUGACCGAGGACCAUCCUGCCGAAGGAGAGAACGAGCUCUCCCUGCACGCGGGCGACCUCGUGGCCGUCGUCAGGCGGAGGGAUCCGAUGGGCGGCGACCGGCGCUGGGUGGUCGACAACGGAGACAAAAUGGGUUUGGUGAGAGCCUCCUGCCUGAGAGAAGCGAAACACCAACAC